UCGCGAUCGUCGGACCGCGCGUACGUAAAACGGGGGUGGUUCUCGUCGUCGUUGCUCGCGUGGAUGUUUUCGCAAGCCGGAAAGACUCUCGCAUGAUCUGGUGCACGAUCGCAAGGAAGCUCGACAUUCUUCCGAAGAAGACCGCGCCUGAAGAGGGCUCCGAUCGUUCGAUGAUCGGAUCAAUGAUCGACCCUCGCGAUCUCGAGAUUCAAAGAGGGUGUAAGUGAGAGUAGUUGUUCUACGAAUGAAUGACAUUGUGUUUCGGUUGAAGGAGGACUUUAGUCUCAAAGAAACUGCUUUGCGAAUUGUUCGUGUUUCGUGAGCUCCUGAAAAAAAAGAAUCAAUCGAUCGAUAUACGUUGUAUAAAUCUUAACGAUAGAUUCUACUGUUGGACAAGCGUAAUUUUUCGAAUAUAUUUCUUUUAAUAAUGCAUUGAAUGAUAAAGUGAUUAAGAUGAUUAAGAUGGAUUUUUAUGCUCAUAGCAGUGAAGAAUGAAUGGACGGCAUAAAAAUCAGCGCGAUAAGAUUCGGUCAAGCAUGUGGGAAAGAUCGAGAUAAUUCUGUGAGCAAAGUGCAAGGAUGUUGGAGCGUGUCGAGGAUUAAAGGAGACGCAUUGGAAUGUUAAGGGGACGUCGUCGGACGGUCCUCAAUCAGCUCAAGCGAAUGAGAGAAGCGUCUCGCCUUUCCAACGUGAGGAUCGUCGAUGGCAAUCAUGCUGUACAGGACGAGUCUCGUGAGGUGUGUCGACACCUUCUACAUAUAGAGUGAGCGCAUUGUGUCCCGCACGGAAGAUGAUGGUCAUCUAAAAAUCCUCUCCGACGUGCGACGAGUCUUUGAGGAUGUGCAGUUCGGUGUUAAAGUGUCGGUGAGAGCGGAGUAAUCUCGCGUAUAUCUAUGAUUUCCUUUUCUUUCCUUUAUUACGCUUUAUCUUACGGAAAAUCCGCACGAACGAUGUCAUAGCCGUCUAAGUGCAAACUGUCUUUACGUCGGACACGAUGGCACUGUUGUUCGUCAUAAUCGUUGUUUCGAUUACUACUGCUAUGUCAUUGCCGCCGGUCAUUAGAAUCGGAGCGAUUUUUACCGAGGAUCAAAAGGAUAGCCCAUCGGAGUUGGCGUUCAAGUAUGCCAUUUACAAGAUCAACAAGGAUAAGACUCUUCUGGCAAAUACGACAUUGGUUUACGAUAUACAAUAUGUGCCUAAAGACGACUCGUUCCGCACAUCCAAGAAAGCCUGUAAGCAAUUAUCCAGAUCGGUACAAGGCAUCUUCGGACCGUCCGAUCCACUUUUAGGCGCUCACAUACAAAGCAUAUGUGAAGCAUUGGACGUCCCUCAUCUCGAAGCGCGGGUCGAUUUCGAGCCCACUUUUAAGGAAUUCAGCAUUAAUCUAUAUCCCGCUCCAGAUCAUCUCAACAAAGCGUUCAAGGAUCUCAUGUCCUUCCUAAACUGGACCAGAGUGGCCAUUAUCUAUGAAGAGGAUUACGGACUGUUUAAACUGCAAGAUCUUGUGAAAUCCCCACCGUCCGUAAGAACUGAAAUGUACAUUCGUCAAGCAGGUCCUAGAUCCUACCGGCAAGUCCUGCGGGAAGUCAGACACAAAGAGAUCUUCAAACUGAUCAUCGACACGGACCCAGCGCACAUGCAGCAAUUUUUUCGAGCGAUAUUGCAGUUACAAAUGAACGACUACAGAUACCACUACAUGUUCACAACCUUUGAUAUAGAAACGUUCGAUCUAGAAGACUUCAAAUAUAACAGCGUGAACAUGACGGCCUUUCGCUUGGUGGAUCUCGAGGAACCCAAGGUUGCCGAAGUACUCAAGCAGAUGGAACGUUUCCAACCAGCUAUUGGUCAUGCCAUCUUGAAUAAAACCGGAGUCAUUCAGGCAGAACCAGCUUUGGUGUAUGAUAGCGUGCAGGUUUUCGCACACGGUUUGGCAGCUCUGGACCGCAGUCAUGAUUUAAGGCCAGCAAAUCUGUCCUGCGAGAAGGAGGAACCUUGGGACGAUGGUUUAUCACUCUACAACUACAUUAAUGCCGCAGGCUUACACGGAUUAACCGGACAUAUCGAAUUCAAUGAAGGAAAAAGAACCAAUUUUAAGCUUGAUCUUUUGAAGCUAAAGAAGGAGGAGCUCGUUAAAGUUGGCGAAUGGAAAUCCGGGUCCGGCAUUAAUGUUACGGAUCUGGACGCCUUUUACGAGACCACAGCGACCAACAUUACGCUCAUAGUGAUGACGAGAGAGGAAAGACCCUACGUCAUGGUAAAGGAAGACAAGAAUUUGACUGGCAACGCGAGGUUCGAGGGCUUCUGCAUCGAUCUGCUCAAGUGGAUUGCCGGUCAGGUCGGCUUCCAAUACGCGAUCAAAUUGGUGCCGGAUCACAUGUAUGGGGUGUACGAUACUAAGACGGAAGAGUGGAAUGGUAUCGUGCGCGAGCUCAUGGAGAAGAGAGCGGAUCUGGCGGUUGCUUCCAUGACGAUUAAUUAUGCCAGGGAAAGCGUAAUAGACUUUACAAAGCCGUUUAUGAAUCUCGGAAUUGGAAUCUUAUUUAAGGUGCCAUCCGGUCAACCGACGAGGCUUUUCUCCUUCAUGAAUCCGCUCGCGAUCGAGAUCUGGCUUUACGUGCUCGCCGCCUACAUGCUCGUGAGCUUCACUCUCUUUGUGAUGGCGCGCUUCAGCCCAUACGAGUGGAACAAUCCGCAUCCAUGCCUGGCCGAGAGCGACGUGGUCGAGAACCAGUUUAGCGUCAGCAACAGUUUCUGGUUCAUCACCGGCACCUUCCUAAGGCAAGGCAGCGGACUCAACCCUAAGGCAACUAGUACGAGAAUCGUAGGCGGUAUAUGGUGGUUCUUCACGCUGAUUAUCAUCUCCUCUUACACUGCGAAUCUGGCGGCCUUUCUGACGGUUGAAAGAAUGAUAACGCCGAUCGAGAAUGUCGCCGAUCUUGCGGAACAAACCGAUAUACCUUAUGGUACUUUGGAAGGUGGAAGUACGAAAACAUUUUUCAGAGAUUCGAAAAUUGGAAUCUAUCAGAAAAUGUGGAGUUUUAUGGAAUCGAAGACUCCAACUGUGUUUGUUCAAACUUAUGAAGAAGGCAUAAAAAGAGUCUUGGAAGGCGACUUCGCAUUUUUGAUGGAAUCGACUAUGCUCGAUUAUGCAGUUCAACGUGAUUGCAAUCUGACGCAAAUAGGAGGCCUAUUGGAUAGCAAAGGAUACGGGAUUGCUACUCCGAAAGGCUCACCCUGGAGAGAUAAAAUAUCUCUAGCUAUUCUGGAGCUGCAGGAAAAAGGUGUAAUACAGAUCCUCUACGAUAAAUGGUGGAAGAAUACCGGCGAUGUGUGUAACAGAGACGACAAGAAUAAAGAGAGUAAAGCUAACGCUCUUGGAGUCGAAAAUAUCGGCGGUGUCUUCGUCGUGUUGCUCUGUGGCCUGGCGCUCGCGAUCUUAGUAGCGAUCCUCGAGUUCUGCUACUACUCGAAGAAGAAUGCUCAAUCGGACAGGUCCCUCUGCGCCGAAAUGGCCUCGGAAUUGCGAUUCGCCGUCCGCUGCGGCUCCCAUCAGAAGCCCACCGCGAAGUCGCGCAAUUCCGCGGCCGCCGGGCUGUCAUACGGAAGAAGAACGGGGUUCUGCUCCACCACGGAACACGAGGAAACCACCUACAUACCGAGCAUCGAGUUCCCGCGAUUAAAUGCAGGAGGGUGGUGCGUUGUCGAUGACGGAGAUGAAGAAAUCAUUGAGCUUCGAUCAGGUGUCCCAUGGCGGCAACACCUAGCACAGGCCUCAUCCUCAUCUUCGUCAUCAACAACAACAACAGCAGCAGCAGCAACUUCAGCAGCAGUCGCAACAACAGCAACUGCCGCCGUGCAAAGUCACUCCUACGCACACGCGUCACACACACUGCCACUCACAUUCACACCUACACAGUCACCAUGCGCACAAACACCAAGCACCUCUGUCGAGGCAGAGACGGGGCUCUUCGGGCAUCAUCUUGGGUCAAGGAGGUGACCAUCCUGAGAAUAUUCUCUGGAGAUUCGAUUGCGACCUAGCGGGUGAACCGGACGUAGUCAUUUCCCCACCGCCCCCACCACCACCGCCGCCCUCGGCGACGGUCUCGAGGACCACGACUCUUUGACCAAUACUGGAAGAGGUGCCGACAGGUGUGCCUGCUCAAAAGGAACUAUCUACGCAGGCUUCGGUGGUCAUCAACGUAAUCGAUCAAAAGGAGACGUGCUUAUAGCAUAUAUAGUCGCCGGCGCAGAUCGGUAAACCGCAACGAGGGCCAUCCCGCGCCGACGACGAGGUCGGAUCAUCAUUGAUUGAAAGCGUGAUGACGAGAAACUGAUGCUAAAUGAUCGAUCAAUCGGACAAGAGAAUUAUUUUUUUUUGUUUUAAAUGAAAUACAUUCUUGGACGUGGUAUCGUGUAGUAUUCGCUAUUGUUCCGACAGUAAACAAAUAUGUAUGAUACGACUAUCUCGAUAUUCGAAGAAUCAGCGAAAUCGCACCGGCGAUAUAAAAACGUAUGAUUUAAUCAAGAUAAUGGAAGCUAUAUAACUAUCUUGGUUCGUUAUAAUAGGGGCUGAUCUCAGUAAACGAAUGGUUUCUGAAACUAUUAGGAUCAAAGUCGAUCUAUGAAAACAACGUUAUUUCAACAUACCAGGGACCCUCGAUAUGUAUAUAGCUGAUGGAAACAUACGUCUGACCAACAAAUCGAGCCGGGAUCAAAUCGAAAAGUGCCAGUGCAUGAGUGUCAUAGAUCAAUCGUGAUAAUAGGAAUAAUAGGGACUGCAUAGAAAAUGAAAUGCCACGCGCAAUGCCAGUUGACCAGGAAUUGCUCGUGUUUCGAAAUUUUCCGAGGCAAUGGUAGAAUAUCGAGUGAAAAGAGUCGAACAUUUGUCCGAAGUGUGUCCAACCAGAUUGAUCGGAACUGACCGCGAUGCCGCGGCAUGCGUGUCGACGGAACGCGAGUAGGUUUCAAGAGCCGAAUUUCAAAUUACACAUAUCGAAGCGAAUGUAGAAAGCUGAUAAAGUUCGUUUAAAGGCUGGUUUUCGCGUACAGAAUUGUAUUUCAAGGUUAUAUUGCAAUUUGUAGACUAGAAAUUUUUCGCGGAAACCGCCGAAAAACCAUCCAUUAUAAAAUAGCUAAGAAAAUAUCCGCGAUUGCCUCUUAACUGUUUGACAGUAAUAUGCAAUUACUUUACAAUCAUCCGAUUUUGCGAUUUCUGUGAAGGCGAGUGUCAAAUAGAUUGUAAACUCGCGGACACAGGUCGCACGAUAAAGCGAUGCCAACGUCUAUUGGAAUACAAUUUCCAAUGACAAUAAUUUCGGACUGUAAUUUUUUGCAACAUAAUACUCGCGCGUGAACUUUCCCUUUCACGAUUCUUCCUCGAUCUCGAUCAAAGAGAUGCGAAGCGAAAGGAACCAACAUGAAUAAUCAAUUAUUAAACAGCUAAGUAAAAAUGUCACAUGCGAUGAAAAAUAGUGCAAUAAAACAUUGAGGACUGUAUCAUAUGACUCGGACCAAAUUCAAAUUAGUAAUCACUGCCGAAUUUAGCCUAAACAAACGUCAAAGCAAAUAAAUGUCCAAUAAUUUUGAGCAAAG